AUGUCAGAUGUCACUGACUCUUCUUCUUCUACUCCUAUUGUGACGGUCCAUACCGAAUCGUCGACCAACCUACCUAUGGGAUUCAAAUUGAAUGGAUCCAACUAUGAGAUAUGGGCUUCGAUGAUCGAACUCCAUGCUACUACACAAGGCAAAUUGAGUUACCUGACUGGCGACAUUAAUGCCCCUGAUUCCAAAGACCCGAAAUUUGGGAAGUGGAAAAGUGCUGAUGCUGUUGUGAAAAGUUGGAUGCUGCGAACUAUGGAACCCAAUUUGUUGAAUAUGUUUCAUACUCUAACUACUGCUAAGGAAAUUUGGGAUGCUGUUAAUAAGAUGUUUUAUGAUGGCUCUAACAUAUCCCAGCUCUGUGAACUGCGAUGCCAGGCUACCCGUCUUAAGCAAGAAGGUCGUCCUGUCUCUACCUAUUUUGCCGAACUUAAGGCAAUCUGGCUUGAAUUGGACAAGAGACGUCCUUUUCAGAUGAAGUGUGUUGAUGAUAUGAAGACUUUUCAGGCUGCUGUUAUGGCAGAUCGUGUGUAUGAUUUUUGGCUAGCCUUGAUGAUACUUAUGACAAUGUCCGAAGUGAUAUUCUACGAAGUGAUAAAGUUCCAAAUUACUAUGCUUGGAUCCGGCACCAAGAUUGGGGAACCUACUGUUGUGUUUGCUUCCAAAAACACUGCUUUGGUUUCUCAGCGUACAGGGUCUGGCUCUUCUGCUGUUCCGCCUCGUCGCCUGACUUCUGCAGAAAAAGACAAACUGAAGUGUGAUCACUAUGAUUGGGCGAAAGAGCAGAGUCAUUUAAAAAACGAACAACUAGACAGCAAAGCUCAUGUGGCUGUUGCCCCCACUUUUGUGGAUGACAUCACCACUAGGCAAGACCACGUUACUGCUACUCCUCCGACUUUGACUGCCAUCUUAAGCACUCUAACACCUCCGCCUCCAGGUAACUUUGGCAAGGCUUUCCAUGCCCAUGAUACCCGAGAUACAGGUUGGAUUAUUGAUUCAGGAGCUACUGACCAUAUGACGUAUAAUUCUGCUUUAUUCUCUACUACUCUUCCGCCUUAUCGUGAUCAUGUUCUGACUGCUAAUAAUGUUGCUGCUCCUGCCACGGGGGUUGGUUCUAUACUCUUGACACCAGCUUUACCAUUGGACAAAGUGUUACUGGUUCUAUCUUUUUCUAGAUAUCUAGACUCGGGAGAUCUUUGGUCGUGUGCUGUCAACGAGUCUGAUUUCCAAUGUCAGACUUGUAUUUUAGCUAAGAGUCAUCGGGUAUCCUACCCUUCAAGUUGUAAUAAACGGCUUAUGCCAUUUGAUUUAGUUCAUUCUGAUGUUUGGGGACCUUCCCCGAUUUCUACAGCCUUGGGAGGAGUACUCCAUGAGACUACUUGCCCUCAAACACCACAACAGAAUGGGGUUGCUGAACGUAAAAAUGGGCAGAUCCUUGUUGCUGCCCGUGCUCUGCUGCUUGGUGCAUCAGUUCCAAAGCGGUUCUGGAUGGAUGCUGUUACCUAUGCAGUCUAUCUCUUGAAUCGUCUACCGUCACGAGUGUUUGGUUGUAUCGUCUAUGUUCACCUCCAUCAGAAUCAGAGGAGUAUGCUGGACCAAGUGCUCUCCGUUGUGUCUUUCUGGGUUUCUCUUCUUAUCAGAAAGGAUGAAAUGUUCUUCUCUGAUACACCCAAGCAUGUCCUUCAAGGGGAGACUAGUAGUGAAGGACAUAGCUGGCUAGAUUUACAAGGGGGAGUAGUAUUAGAUAGUUUGAUACAAAGGGAAGAACCGACCGAACCUGCUGAACUUGCUACACCGGCAGAACCUGCUACACUAGCUGAACCUGCUAUUUUAACUGAUGUCACUACUGUCACUGAAUCGAUUGCCCCUCAUGAAGCUUCUCUAAUAGUACCCGAUCAAGCUCCCCUGGAUAUUCCUGAGAUAAGUGCUUCUACUCAUACUUCUGAUAAUUCUUAUGUUUUACCGCCUAGACAGAACCAUGGGGUUCCACCUGAUCGUUACUCACCAAAAGGCAAAGCGAGAUAUGCUAUUGCCCAUUAUGUGUCUAAUCACAGGUUAUCUCCUGAGUGCAAAGCAUUUAUGACCAGAAUGGAUAAUAUUAAAAUUCCAACUCAUGUUGAAGAAGCAUUUAAUGAUCCAAAGUGGGCUAAAGCCAUGAAUAUUGAAAUGGAAGCGUUGCAAAAAAAUAAUACAUGGGACAUUGUUGAUCUACCAAAGGGAAUGAAGCCUGUAGGAUGCAGAUGGGUGUUUAUAGUUAAAUAUAAUGCAGAUGGUACUGUGGAGAGGUACAAGGCAAGAUUAGUAGCUAAAGGAUUCACUCAGACAUAUGGAGUUAAUUAUCAUGAUACUUUUGCACCUGUGGCUAAGAUGAAUAUGUCAGAGUUUUGUUGUCCUUAG